ACUGCCCGUGACUGAAUAUAUAACAAAAUCGUUGUCUGGUGCUGUCCACAAUACAGUUAAAAUUGCAACCAAACGAUAGCAGCAUCCCACGAAUAUGGCAUUAAAAAAUGGGAAAGGAAAUGAAGAGCUCAAUAAUAUGUCACAUGAGGAGCUGCAAGAAUGGACCACAAAAAUCAUAUGCGAAGCUCAGUGCGAAAAUUCAAUGAACCAAAAUCUGGAGUUAACACGCUUGUACUCUACUGAUGUGCACUCUAUAGUGGCAUAUUUUGAGCAAAAUGCCAUCGAUGCAGCCAUUGCUUGUCACGGACUUUUCAUGGAUAAUGCCCGCCAAGAACCUUCCACAAUCAAUGAUGAAGAGCAACAACCUCCAGUGCGUCGACAGCGCCUGUCGCUACCGCAGCAGCAGUCUACAUUUAGCAACGAUUUAAUAAGACAUAUAGAGCCAGUGCACAAUAAAAACUCAUACGCUAAAUCGCACAACAGGAGUCAGGAUUUACACCUUUUCGAGGCGGUUAUAUUGGAGACAAUUGACAGACUCGGCUUACGCCGCACAACUUAGCCAAUGUUUUCGGGAUUGUACAAACAUAUGUAUAAACACACAAAAAUAAUUUUUUGAUCUACAAUCUUUAAUUUGGGCUUAAUUACAAGCGAAUGUGUAGCUAUAA